AUGGCAACCCCGGAGAGGAACCCACUUCUGGUGGAGGUCCCUGCGGUGCAUCCUAGCUCUCCAGGCGAUACUGGAUCGCUUGAAGUAACCUCCUUUGAUCAUGAGGCACCAAAGGCUUCUCGAUCCGGCGUCCAACAGCAAACUGCGGAGACUACAGAUACGCAGCAGCUUUCGAGCAGAUGUGCUUCUACGGAGACACGAGAGACUGAGGGAAGCCCUGCUGUGAGAGCUGCAGCCACCCCACAGGAGCGAGCAGCAGCACUGGAACUAGAGGCAGCAGCAAUGGAAAUUGCAUCUAAGUGGCCGCGACCGGGGCCCCUAGCCUUUCAUGUAGAGGCAGAACAUGGCAGGGCGCGCGCUGGUCUUCUGUGCUUGCCUCACGGUAAUGUUGAAACGCCUGUCUUUAUGCCAGUGGGUACCAAUGGGGCAAUCAAAGGUAUUCACUUAGGACUUCUGCAAUGUAUCGAUCGAGAACGAACAGCAAGCACCGUGGAAGGAGCCCCCUCUCCCGACACAGGGGUAGCAUCUGCUGCAGAACGGACUAAUGAUUCAGUUCCGUCAAAGAAGAAAGGCAAGGGGCAGGACCUGCCGCAACCACCCACGUGGUUUAGCCGUUUGAUCCUCGGAAACACAUUCCACCUGUACCGCCAAGUUGGGGGCCGGCGCAUGCGGGAAGUCGGGAAGGGGCUGCACCGUUUUAUGCGGUGGGGUGCUAAUUUGCUUACGGAUAGCGGCGGCUUUCAAAUGGUUUCUCUCUGCCGGCUGAUGGACGUGUAUGAAGAAGGUGUCUGCUUUCGCCUGGGAAAGCAUGGACUUUCGAAGAAAUUCUUUCCGGCCAAACGCAAACAAGCGAGACAGCAGCAACAACAACGGAAUGCCAACACCGAAACAGCUGAUACAGAGACUGCGGAGCCUAGGGUAGACACAGAUUCAGACGAGGUUGUGCUCCUCACCCCAGAGGAAUCUGUAGCGAUGCAGAAUCAGAUCGGCAGUGACAUUAUAAUGCAGCUUGAUGAUGUCAUCUCCUCCACAACCCCAGAUCCUCAGCGCGUGGAAGCCGCAAUGCUCCGUUCUAUCAGAUGGCUGGACAGGUGCAUAGUGGCCCACGGCGCUCCUGGUCGGCAGGCACUGUUUGGAAUUGUUCAGGGAGGCUUGGAUCUGAAACUUAGAGAGAGGGCUCUGCAGUUGUUUAAGAAGAGGCGGUGCCAUGGAUGCGCCAUUGGGGGCCUCUCGGGUGGAGAACGGAAGGCAGACUUCUGGAGGGUUGUUGACGUGUGCACGAGAGAAGACAAAGGACUGCCAAAGAGGAAGCCACGCUACCUGAUGGGAGUAGGCUACGCGUUGGACCUGGUGGUAUGUGUGGCUCUUGGGUGCGAUAUGUUUGAUUGCGUCUUUCCAUGCCGCACUGCGCGUUUCGGUACGGCCAUGACGCGCUGGGGCAGCAUCCGCAUAAAGCAACAUAAAUAUGCACUAGAUCUCAGGCCCCUCGAUCCGGAAUGCGAUUGUUAUACCUGCCGUUCUUACUCCCGAGCCUUUCUGCAUUCGACCUUUAACAGAAGCCCAAUGGUCGGGCAGCUCUUGACGCUUCAUAAUUUGUUCUAUUUGAAACAUCUCUGUUCGGAGAUGCGACAAAGCAUCAAAGAGCACCGUUUUCAUGAGUUCGUCUGUGGAUUUUUGGAAAGACUCUAUCCGAGGCAGACGAUCAUGGCAGACGGGGGAAUGAGUGGUACGCAGCCACCUUUGAAGCGAAGACGACUAUCUCUUUCCGCGGCUCAGCUGCAAGAUGCGCGCACAAGCACUCCUGUGGCACCGGAUCACGAUGCAGGUGCUGCCUUGCGGGCCUCCACCAACAACGGUAUUUGCUGCAGCGCUUUUGAAGGCACCAGGGACAUUUUGGAUACGGGGUUAAAGCCACGGCCGCCUCAGUGGGUGCGUGAAGCACUGCUCACCGCAGGCAUUGAUAUUGGGCAUCUUUAUUUUGCCUUCGAUGAGUCAGAAUAG